AAGUGAAAUGCAGUCAAAAUUGUAAAUUCGGUCUAGUUUGUUUAGUGGCGGAGGAUGAGGAUUCUGAAAACAUGGAGCAGGUUUUAGAAGCUGUGAAACAGCUGAGUAUUAAUGAUCUCAGACAGCAGUUAUCGGAUAAUGGAGUAAACGUUGGUCCAAUUCUACCGAGCACAAAAUUAAUUUUUCAAAAGAAACUAGCUAGCAAACUUUAUGAAAAGCAACAUCCUGUAUCUGAUGCAGUAGAUGGGAAUAAAGGUGAAAACCAGGUACCUCAAACGAGUGACGAUACUCAGGUUAGUGAACAGAAAGCAGAGACUGGACAAGUAAGAGAAGAGUCACCUGUAAUAGAAACGGAGGUGUCUGUGUAUUAUGGAGUAUGCCCUCCUCUUGGAGUCUCACUGGAAGAAAAAGAAUGUCAAAGUUUAGUGUUCACUGACAAAAAAUUGGCUCUGCAGUCUGUAAAGAAAUUCUCAGGAGCCAGGUUCAAAUGUUUUAAAAGCAAAGAGGAUGCAGAAAAGUUUUCAAAGUUGUCUCCCGAUGACAUUGCAUCACCAUGGAAACCAACUAUGAAAAAUGGAAAUGGAGCAAUUGCAACUUUGAGUACUGGAGUCUCAGUGGAGAGCAGUCCAUUUAAAGGUCCAAAGCCACAAGAGCUAAGCAAACUAAGAAAGGCCAUAGAAGACGGAGACAUCACCACUGUAGAAUCAAUGGUGUGGGAAAACCCCCGAUUUCUGGUCAGUGGAGGAGACACACCUGUUAUUCUUCAGGAAGGACCAAGAUACAAUGCAUUGCAUGUAGCAGCCAGAAGCAACCAAGCAGGAAUUUGUCAGCUUCUCUUGGACACGUUAGAAGAUCCCAGCUUUAUUGACAAGUUGUAUGGCCAUACUAAUGAAACAGAGGGAACAAGGACCAACAGAAUUAACUUUAUUGUAGACCUUUAUCUCAACACUCCUGAUAAAGCGGCCUGUGAAGUCCCAUUACAUUUUGCCUGUAAACAUGGAUUUGCAGAAGUUGUAGCAGUCUUGAUAUCUCAUCCCAAAAUAGACAAAUCUGUGAAAAAUAAGUUUAAUGAAACUCCAAGAGAGGUUAUAUGCAGUAGAGUAGAUAAGGCUACCACUGCUCAAAGAGAAGAAAUUAAAGAGUUAAUGGAAGGUCAGUUUUUUGUCCCCUUGCUGCGGUCUGAAGACAACUCUUCUCAGCCCUUUAUUGGUAUCCCAUGGUCACCAGAAAGUUCCCGAAGCACGGUCAAUGUGCCCCCUCUCUCCUGGAGCCCCAAGGAUCCUCUGAUGGCCGUCAAGGCUUGUGCCGGGCCCAUGACUCCUUCUAAGGCAAAUUUGUUCCAUAAGAGAUGGAACACCCCUCCAUCUAACAGUCCAGAUUAUGCCAAACGAAAGUUUUACUCAACAAAACGAGAAGACAGUGAAAAAGGUCUAGAGAGAAUCGGCAGGCAACUUGCACAUGACAUGGGGAUUCCCUGGGUGGAGUACUGGGAUUUCCUACAGACGUACACAGACAUGAUGACAGAUGAUGGCCUGGAUCUCCUGGAAGAAUACCUACAGAAGCAGAGUCUGGCUCUUUGUAUCGAGGAAGCACUGGGAAAACUGGACCUUCUAUCUAACAGUUUCCACUCCUUCAAGUACAAUCAGAUGGAUAUGUCCAUUACCCAGAGCAAAGAUGGAGGAGGAAGUAUGAAUGUAUCCUGGCUGAUGUCGCCUUUAGCCGACAUUGAGGAAUCCAUGCAUGAGCAGGAAAUGGUGGAUAUCGAUAAGUAUCUCCAUGGCAACAUUAUGGAUCAGGUAAAAAGUUACAGAUCCAAUGGAGCUCUCCCAAACUCAGAGACCAUGAAGAGGUCAGUAAGGAUGGAGGAAUCUUUCACAAUGCCAAAGAAGAAUAUCUAUGAUUAUGGUAGAAUAAAUCGAUCCAUGGAAUGGUCUAUGGACAGCAGUGAUUGGUCCCAGGAAAGUUUUACUGGUAUCCUGACCCCGAUGUCCUGUUUAUCCGCUCUGUUCUCUAAGCUGUCACUACUAGAUAGAUCACGCAGACAGAGGAGGCUCUCAGGAUCACCUGGGUGUUUAGGUGUUUCAUGUUUGGGGAGUGGAUAUCCAGGAUUUGUGAAAUCUACCAGGACUGAGCAAAGUAAAACAGGAACGUCCGACUCAGAUUUACAUAGCAAUGGCACAGUCCCUCACGAUACAGAUAAUGUGAAAGAAAUGCAAAGUAGUAGAUGUGUGUACAUAAGGGAAGCUAGACUGACUGUAGAUAAUAAUAAUCAGGAGGACUUGAAGAACAGCAACACUGAAGAGAACAGGAAAACAGCAGAUGGGUUUCAGUCAACUGAACUGUUUGUUGUGGAUGAUAAUCUGAAUAAAACAACAAGAGUGAAUGCCAAGGAGUCGACUGUAUUAGUGGACAAUGUACAAAGUUGUGAAAUAAACAUUAAAGGAGAAACAAAUUGGAGGGAAAAAUCACAGACCUCAAGUGUAUCUUCUCAGGGGGAGGAGCAUCAAGCCAUUGAGGAACUCCUCCAAAGGGCCAGUGCAAUAACGGAAUCCCAGAGACAGCCCACAGAUCAGAUAGAUGAUCUGGUGAAUCAGUUUAAUGAGAAAAUAGACUUCAGUACCACAGUAAACUCUCAGAGAUCAUCAAGUAAUCAGUCAGAUAGAGAACCUCCAAUGCCGAGGAAAAGGUUGACUUUUUCGGAGGACAUUACUGAGGAGCAGAUGGAGGGUUCCACUGAAGAGCAGGAGGAGGACACCCAAUCCUGUCAUUUAGAUAUCACCCUACAGUUAGACAAGGACAGGGUCUCUAGCUUCGAAUUUCAGUCUAUGUUUGAGCUGCUUAAUGAAAAAAAGACUUUACAUAAUCAAAAAGAUGGAAGCACGAGGCGAGUGAUUUAUAGUCGAGACAUUAUCUUAGAUCUUGCAGGACAAAACCUGGAGGAUGUGGAUAGUGUCAGUCUUAGUGUAGCUGUUGUACCACCAAAUUCAACCGUGGCAGAAAUGGCGAUAUUUUCUAACAUUCCAUUCUUUGUGUUUCGAGGAAGCCAGUAUAAACCGGGGGACUCUUUUCCCAGUAAAUUACCUGCAAUGGUGGAUGUUGUCUUCAAUUUUGUGAAGGAUUCUGUGACAUCAGCAUUGGCAGUCAACAACAAAUCUAGAGGGAAAAUAUAUUUUAUAAGUGGGUACCAGCCCAGUAAGACAGACCUGGAUGUGUAUAGAGCUAUACAGGGGCGGGAGGUGGAGAAAGAACACUAUCCACUAAUCCACAGGUGGAAAGCUCUAGUUUCCUCCAGGAUGGCCAAUCCGAACUGCUGUUGGCCGAGUCCUGCAAGAUCACGUUUCCAAGGCAAUUUAUCAGCCAGUUUUCCACAAGUGUCCACCCCAAACAAGACCCCCGAGAGUCCCAUUGUGUUUUACCGAAGUCCGAUUCCUCGAGGCACCCCAACUCGACAAAAAAUGUCCGCUACGUGGUCAAUGCCUAACAUCAAGGCUCAGUUGUUUCCAAAGUCACCAUUGGCAGAAAGAAGAGGAAAACUGGAUUAGAUAAAUUUGUUUGAAUUCAUAAUUCGAAGAAAUUGUUAACGUCAUCUAUUUGGGGGAAUUAAAAAGAAAAUGUUAAUGUCAUCUUUUUGGGGGAAUUAAAAAGAAAAUGUUAAUAAUGUCAUCUUUUGUGGGGAAUUUAAUCAAGACUUACUACCGUGGUCUGUAUUUAUUCAUUAGACAUAAGAUAACAUAGUGUCUUUCUAGUACAUUCUACAAGAGGACUGAACUUGAGUGUUGGAGUUUUUACAUGUAGUAGACAGUAUUUUGUGUGAUUCCAUUUUCUGCUGUGAUAAAGCAUCUGCUUGCGUAUAAGUAGUCUCAAUAAACACUAGAUAGAAUUUACAGGCUCUAAGCCCUUUCAGAUUUAUUGUACACUGUUUUCUCAGAUGUUGUGAAUUGAUGUGCAUACUAGUGUUUCAGAAUUGAUAUUUUGUACAUGUAUUGUUUGUACAGAGCUUAGAAACUUUUAAUAGCUGUGCAGGUACUUUGUAUGAUAUAGCUUAAACUGCUUGUUUUUUCACUGCUGAUUACCGGUAGUUAAAAGUGGGGAAGUUCAUAUUAAUUUUUCAUUUUUAGUGUUCAUGUUUUAAAUUUUAUUAUCAAAUUAUAUUUUAGUUUUUGAAUUUUAUGUUUUCCUAACCACACAAUGUACAGGUAUGGACUGAACAGUAUCAGUUAGAUUCUUGUUACAGAUUACAUUCAAUCAGGUUAAUCAAAGUAUUUUUAAGUUUCGGAAUAUUCUGAUCAUGAUGAUUAUUAAUUGGAGAUUUUUAAUACUCAAGCACACGAAGAAACGCAAGAAAAUUCCUAUUUGAGGGAGUAUUUGAUCAGUUAUCUCUUUGCCCAUUUACCAAUAACCUUAUAAACUGUAAAAGUUGUGAUUAAUCCCAUAUGAUAAAUUAAAUUGCCUUCUGCAGAGUCUUUUUUAUGUGUCAAAUUAUUAUUUUUGGUAAAAUUACUUAACAGUACCUUUUUCUGCAAAUAAUGUUUAAAUUUAAGGUCAAGGCUGGGUGAUGUUUGCAAUCAUCAAGGAUGAUCAAUCUGGUUCAGAUACACAUUUUAUUGCAAUGUGAUUAGAUGGCAUUGAGGGGAAAAUUAUUAUUGCAGAUAUCACAUUCCUAUAGCUGCCUUAUGUAAAUCAAAGGAUACUAUUUAUUUUCACUGGUAAUAAGCUAAUAACCCUUUUUUGUCAUAGCUGAAAGUCAACUUAAAAUCAAAAUAUGUACACAAAGAGAUUAUUUGUUAUACCUGCUGGAGAAUUUAUCGUCACAGAUUGAUUUCAAGCUUACAAAUUGUGAGUAACGGAUAAUUUAAAAAAUGAAUGGAUUAAAGUACUGUCUUCCCACAAUUUUUUUUUUAAAUAGAAAAUUUGUAGUCAUAACACCAAAUUUUCUAUUUUAAUAAAAAUUUGUGGGAAGACAAUACUUUUAUUUGGUCCAAACAUUCAUUUAACUGCACAGUUAUUAUUUAUGUAUGAUAAAGAUAUGUUUUAUUGCCAUUUGUAAAUUAACAAGGAUGUAUUAAUAAUCCACAAGUACACUGUAGUUAGAUUAAAACAGUAUUUUCUGUUAGGAAAUAUGUCUCAGUUUUAUAACAGCUGCUGUGUCUUAUUCUAUUUCAUGUUUUGAAUAUCCUUUAUAAUGUUUUCUUUAUCAAAUUAUCAUUAGUUCGAUCCUUAAGCUGCACCCUCUAUCUGGAGAGCCAGAUUCUCUUUUUAAUAUUAUUGUAAAUCAAGAAAACAUCACAUGAUUUUAUGAGAUUGUUUAAUGCAGAAAAAAAGAAAAUAUACUCUUAAAUUUACAAAAUAGGAUGAUUAAUAACUUGAGCUAGUUUUAAAGGAUACAUUUUUUCUUUCACUUUGCUGAAUAUAGCAGUCUUUAUUUUCAGUACAAUGCUGAUGUUGUAUUAAAACUUUGUGAUGAAGAGAAAGCUCUCGGCCGUUUAUUCAAAAACUCUUUGACUCCUAUCAAGGUAUUGGUAUUACAAAAUUAAAAUAUACAUGUACAUGUAUGUGUAAAGAAUAGGAGAUAAAAUGAAAAAAAUUGAAGUCACAAAGGUAGGGGAAAAAAUCAUUCAUUUGGUUGUGGUACAUAAUUUUAUAACAAUGUAACCAUAUAGUAGUUAGAUAUUGUUUCUCUUUGUGUGCACCCCUUGUCAACAUGGUCAAAACAUGUAUUUCAUUUACUCUCUUAACAAUUUCAGUGUAUAUUAUGAUAAUUGUACAUAUACUAAAUCCAAGACUUCGUGUGAUGUUUCAAAAAAAAAGAUAAUAAUGUUAGAAUAAAAACUCCGAUUGAACUAGUCAUUAUCGUUUUGAUUCGAUUCACUUGAUUUUGUAAUACCAAUAAUGUUCUAGAUUAUUUUUAACUUUGAUAAUUUUCCAUAUGCCCCAGAAAUUUAUUUUCAAUAUGUUGCCACGGCUGUGUUCAUUUUCCAGUUUGAUUGCAUUAUGUAAUUAUUUUAUACAAUUUUAUUUUAUAUUUAUUUAUAAAUGUUGAUUUUUCAAGCAAGUACUUGUAUUGCAGUAAACUUAAAAAAGAUGAUCAAUUUGUUCUUUUUUUCUGGUAUUUUACCCUUAUCUGAAAGGGAAGAUAUACAGUACCUGUAUUUACACUUGAACUGACAGGUAUACAUGUAUACAUAUCAAUACAGGUUUACAGAGUGAUUGUUUACUUCCUGGAUUGAAGGUUUAGGACAGCUUUUGUAUUAAAUAAGUGAAAUAUCUCUAUCACAGUUCAGGAAGAAUGUACUAUGAUGAAGACUUUAAACCCAGCUUUUAGCCAGACCACUUAAAACACUAUGUAGCUUGUAUGAGACAAAAAGGUGGUUCAUAUGUUUUUCAGUUACUAGUAAAUAGCUUGCAUCCACUUAUAAUCAAUUAAGAGUGAUGAAAGCAGUUGUAAAAAUUAGCAUUUUCCUUGCUCAAAGGUAGUCCAGUUAUCUGGCAAACUCCAGGAAGACAGAGUUUCAUGAAAAUGCAAAAGAGAGGAAGUGCAUCUUCUAGAUGCAUAUUUAUUACACUUAACAUACAUCUAAAAACUAAUAUCAGAUAUAUGUUUGACUACUGACUGAUCCGACUUUGUGUGACUGUGACAGUUCCAAUUUACACAAGGGUGCAAAUUUAGCCAAUGUAUUAGCUGGCUACUACCUAAUUGCUAAAAAUGAGUCAUAGUUUGCACUGCUCCAUUAAAAAUUCCUGCUGUACGGUAUCUCCUUGUAUGUUGCCCCUGUGACACACUUUGAGAUACAUACAUGUACUGUAAUUGGUGUCAACAUUUGUCUAAUAAAAAGCCAAACAAUAAUUAUAAUGACCUGUAAGU